AUGCCAGGCCUCGCGAAAAAACUCCUCAUCUUCGCCUCUGUCGACGGCCUCUUUCUGCAACCCACCGGUCAACGAAGUUCCUCCGUCGACAACGGCGGGGUACACGUGGAAUACGGCACGAACAAGAUCACCACGUUAAACAAGAAACCCGACGAUAGCUCCGACAAUGGAUUGGAGACUCACGGGAUUGUCGGUCUUCUCGAUCUUGUAAGCUCGAGUUAUUUGGUGACGAUCACGCGACGGGAGGAAGUUGCGAGGAUUCGAGAGAAGGCUAUUUUCCGUGUGCAAGAUGUUUGUUUGAUUCCUUUGAAGGGGAAAGGGGAGGCCGAGAGGGCGAUUGGGGAGGCACAGAAGCUGUUGAAGCAGAAUGAAAAGAAGGGGGAGGCUAAGGUUGAAGAGACGGAAGGACAAGAAGAGGAGGAGGAUGUAGGAGAUGAUACGUCGACCAUCGCGAGCGUUGAUGCAGAUGAACAACAAGGCCCGGAUCAUAAACAUGGUCCUGAGGGAGAGGCGGCGGCGUUGGAGCCGCCGAAGGGAGGGGUUGUUAAGAGGAGUUCGACGUUUGUGAGGAAUGUUGUGCAGGAUAGGGGGAAGUUUGGACGGAUGGCGGGACGGUGGUUUAGUCGGAAUGGGAGUAAGGAGCAAGUGAGGAGGCAGGAGGGGAGUGGUGCUGAGGGUGGUGCUGAGGGCGAGGGAAAGGAGGAGUUGACGAGGGAGCAGGAGAGGCAGGUUGAGGAGGCGAUGGCUGAGGGGAAUGAGGGUAAAGACGGCGGGAAGAAGGAGGAAGUGGAUAAGAAGAAGGACGUCGAGGGAAAUGAGGACAAGAAGGCAGAGUCUAAAGUGGUCAAGCAACAAAGUGCCAUCGAGUACUUGACGCCGAGAAUACUCAGAAGCGCGAGGCUGUACUUCUCCAGCAGCGGAUUCUACUUCUCCUACGACCACGACAUAUCUGGGACACUAGCCCAAAGGAGCCAAAUCAAUUCCUCGCUGCCGCUGUGGAAACUGUUCGAUCGAUUGUACUUCUGGAAUCAUCACCUCGUGAAGCCUUUCAUGAACGCUGGCCAGGACAGCCUUAUCCUUCCACUCAUGCAAGGAUUCAUAGGACAGCGUGCUUUUUCGAUCGCUAGGACUGAAGGUACGGAUAAUGAUGUGGUAGCUGAGGCGGCGCAGGAUGCGCAGGAAGUCAUCAAGGCUCAAGAGGAGGGCUCUAAACCCGAGGAGACCGAGAAGGAGACUAUCAAGCAUGAGUUUCUUCUGACGCUUAUCUCUCGACGGUCGGUCAAUCGAGCUGGGCUUCGUUAUCUUCGUCGGGGGAUUGAUGACGAGGGAGCAGUAGCGAACAACGUCGAGACGGAGCAGAUCUUGUCCUCACAGUCCUGGAGCGAGUCAGACAAGGCAUUUUCACUGCUGCAGGUGCGAGGAUCGAUUCCAGUCUUCUUCUCGCAAAGUCCCUACAGUUUCAAGCCAAUGCCCGUCUUGUUCGGAUCAGAGGCAACGAACCAAGCUGCAUUUAAGAAGCACUUCCAGUCUGUGCUCAACCGCUACGGCAACGUCCAAGUGGCAUGUCUUGUCGACAAGCAUGGCACAGAAGUAGCCAUCGGAGAGGCUUUCGAAAAGCACACGAAGCAAGUGAACGAGAAAGGCGGCAUAUACGGUAAACAGAUCGGCUGGGAGUGGUUCGAUUUCCAUGCCCAAUGCAAAGGCAUGAAAUUCGAGAAUGUUCAGAUCUUGAUGGAUACCUUACAGGGACAGCUGAACAGCUUCGGCUGGGCGGUGAAGCAGAACGACAAGAACAUACGACAGCAAACAGGUGUUCUCAGGACCAACUGCAUGGAUUGCUUGGAUCGAACGAAUGUCGUGCAGUCGGCGAUUGCUGGCUGGGCUUUGCAGCAGCAGCUUUCUGAAUUGGGAUUGAACAUCGAUCUCAAGGCCGAUCCGAAGACGCAGUGGUUCAAUACUCUUUGGGCGGAUAAUGGCGAUGCUAUUAGUAAACAGUAUGCUGGCACUUCUGCUCUCAAGGGCGACUUCACCAGGACGAGGAAACGGAACUGGACUGGUGCUCUGUCGGACUUCAGCCUGACUCUUACUCGGUACUAUAACAACAUUUUUGGGGACUAUUUCCUACAGACGAAUAUCGACUACUGGCUUGGCAAUGCCGGUCCGAAUGUAUUCGAGGAGUUUGAGACGGAUAUGAUGUCGCAGGAUUAUGCAUUGGAUAUGAAACACAUUCGACAGAACGCCAUCGAUACGUGCGUCAAGAUCGUGCUUGAAGACGGCGCGGACGAACUGCUUGCGGGUUGGACGUUGAGUUCGCCGCAUCAAAGUAACACGUUACGGACUCUGCCAUUCGAGGAGUGCGUGCUUUUGCUGACUGGCAAGGCUCUCUACUUCUGUCGAUUUGACUGGGAUACGGAGAAAGUGGGCAGCUUUGAGAAGGUUGAACUUCUUGAUAUCAAUGAAAUUUGGCGGGGGACGUACAUUACCACUGCUCUUGGUCAGACUCAUUUGGAUGAGAAGAAGAAUGUGGGAUUCGCUGUGCGGUUUAAAGCUGAGGGCGAGGGGAUGGUUAGGAGAAAUACGAGGAGUUUGAGCGUUGUUGAUGAGGGUCAUGAUGAGAAAGAUCAGAAGGAUGAUGAAGAGAGCGAGGCAGCAGGCAAGAAAGACGACGACAAGAACAACAAGAAACCAGACGAAGGCGUCGAAGAAACUCGAAUCCUAGCCUUCAAGGCCCUGCCACCGAAAUCCGUCGCCUCGAAGCACGAAGAUCAAGACCUGUCAAACCUCAGCGAGAGCGACACCAUCCAACGCAUUACGAAUGCGAUAUACAAAGCUACGAGCGACGCCUUCGCGAGAGACCGAGGGUUCCAGCACAUCGAAGUCGACAAACCCGCCCAGGUCCAGGAGCACGACGUCAUUAGCGUUGCGGAGGCGAAGAAGGCGACUGGGUAUAUGGAGAGUAUUGGAUAUAGUUUGAAGCGGCUUGUGUGGUCGUGA